AUGUUUUCACAGCCACAGGACACGCGAGACAAGGAGAAAGACGAAAUAAUUGUUAUCUAUCUAUCUAUUUAUCUAUCUAUCUAUCUAUCUAUCCUACAUACAUAUAGAUACAUAAGCAGAUGGAUAGAUAAGCACAUAUCUAGCUAUCUGUAUGUAUCUAUAUAUGUAUGUACGUUCUAUCUAUCUAUCUAUCUAUCUAUCUAUCUGUCAGUAUAUAUGCAUGUAGGUUAUCUAUCUAUCUAUCUAUCUAUCUAUCUAUCAUCUGUAUAUAUAUGUUAUCUAUCUAUCUAUCUAUCUAUCUGUCAUUAUCUAUCUAUCUAUCUAUCUAUCUAUCUAUCUGUCUAUCUGUCAUAUAUGCAUGUAGGUUAUCUAUCUAUCUAUCUAUCUAUCUAUCUAUCUCUAUCUGUCAGUAUAUAUAAUGUAUUAUCUAUCUAUCUAUCUAUUAUCUAUCUAUCUAUAUGCAUAUCUAUCUAUCUAUCUAUCUAUCUAUCUAUCUAUCUGUCAGUAUAUAUGCAUGUAGGUUAUCUAUCUAUCUAUCUAUCUAUCUAUCUGUCAGUAUAUAUGCAUGUAGGUUAUCUAUCUAUCUAUCUAUCUAUCUAUCUAUCUAUCUAUCUAUCAUAUUAUCUUAUCUAUCUAUCUAUCUAUCUAUCUAUCUAUCUAUCUGUCAGUAUGUAUGCAUGUAGGUUAUCUAUCUAUCUAUCUAUCUAUCUAUCUAUCUAUCCUACAUACAUAUAG